AUGGGCGGCCGCGAAGAUGCCACUAAUGUCCUCAUGCAGCCAGCCGCAUGUGCCAUCUCCAGCAUUGACAUGGACCACGAGAAAUUUCUUGGUCCCACACGCGAGGACAUCGCCAGUCACAAAGCAGGUAUAUUCCAGACGGGCUGCCCUGCUUUGGUGGCGGUGUCCGGUAUGUCAGAGAGCGUCAAAAGAGUCAUCGGUGACUGCGCGCAUGCAGUCUGCACCAAGCCUGUCGUCUGGGUCGAGCCUGCCGAGGUGGUUGAUGAAAGCACUGGCCAGCGAGGCGAGAUAGCGCAAGCCCAACGAUUGCGGGUCCAAGGCUUCAGCCAGGAGCUCCACAUUCCGCUGCUAGGCGACUACCAGCGCUCAAACGCUGCAUUGGCCUUGGCUGUCUUGCUGGAGCUGCGGAAUCAGAAGCUUCAACUGCGAAGCUGCGAGCAACUGCUCGACGCGUCUUUGCUGGAUGAUGGCACGAUUGCGGCUGGCAUGGCUACUACACGGUGGCCCGGACGCUUGGAAUGGCUGGAAUUGGGGACUGGUCGUGUGCUCCUUGACGGGGCGCACAACCCCCAUGCUGCGGCAGCAUUGGGACGGUACGUGGACGAUGCCGUCCGGCCACGAGGGCUACCUGUUUCUUGGGUGAUCGCCAUGAGCGCUGGCAAGGACGACAAAGCCAUUCUCCAGGAGCUGCUCCACUCAGAUAAGGAUGCCCUCUACGCAGUCAGUUUCUCGACAGUGGAAGGAAUGCCGUGGGUUCAAGCGCAGGCACAACAUGACUUACUUUCUUCAGCACGGUCUUGCAGACCCCAGCUUCGCCGUUUCCAGGCAUGUCCUGAUCUACGGACUGCUCUUCAGGCUGUGCAGACAGACCCAGCAGCACUCCCAGAUUGCACAUGUUGCGAGCAAUGA